UCCCCUCGCCGCCUCGUCUCCUCCCACACACACCAGACACCACACCUGACACGCGAGAGCUGCUUCACUCAACUCUCCACUCCACUCCGAGCCGCGGCCAUGCAGCUCGCCACCACCGCCGCGGCCGCGGCCGCAGCCGCCUCCGCCGCGCGCCCCCACGGCCCCUUCUCACCCCCUCCGGCGGUAUCAGUCUCCGUCUCGUGGGCCAGCCCCUCGCUCGCCUCCACCUCCCGCUCCCUCUCCACGUCCUCCUCCGCCUCCACCUCGCGGCGCCGACGGCGGUGGCUCCCCGUCGCCUCGGCCGCCGUGGAGCCCCGCGAGGCCGCGGCUGGGGGCGGCGACUCCGUCCGCGUCACCGAGACGCCGCAGCCUGGGUCCAGUGUUAAGUUCAGCGUGGAGGUGCCUACCUCGAUCAUUCAGGAGUGUUACCAAUUAACGCUGCAGGAGUACGCAAAGCGCUUCAAGGUUCCUGGAUUUCGGCCUGGGAAGAUCAUUCCAGAGAACCUUCUUAUAAACUAUGUAGGACCACAACAUGUACAGGACGCCACAAUUGAAGCUAUCCUAAAGCAUACACUUCCUCAAGCAUUAUCCUCCGUAGAGAACAAGGCAUUAGAAGAUUCUGUUCGCAUUCUGACUCAGUUUGAUGAUAUGAGAAGUUCUUUCACACUCAAUGAUGUGUUUAGGUAUGAUGUUGCUGUGGAUGUUGCCCCUGAAGUCCGAUGGUUAUCAGAAGACAAAUAUAAGAACCUCAAAGUCAUCGUUGAAAUAGAUGAAGCUGUUGAUGCAGAAAAGGCAGCAGAAAAAGAGCUCCAGCGUCGUCAUAAAGCACUGGGCUUACUUAGAAUAGUGGCUGACAGAGGCCUCCAGAUUGUUGAUCUGGUGGUACUAGAUAUAUUUGCAGAAAGUAUUAACAGUGAUGGAUCUAAAGGUGAAAAAAUUUCGUCUGCUGAGAGUACAGGUUUCCACUUGGACACUGAGGAAAAUAAUAACCUUGUUCCUGGAUUUCUUGGUUCGUUAAUUGGGAUUCGUCCUGGUGAGACUAGAUCGUUUCCUAUUCAGUUCCCAGAGUCAUUUGAGCAAGAAAGCCUACGAGGUGUUCGUGCACAAUUCACUGUUGUCUGUAAAGAGCUCUUCUGUAGAGAACUGCCAGAAAUGGAUGAUUGGCUUGCUGGAAAGCUCCUUCCAGGAUGCAAUACCAUAGCUGAGGUUCGAGAACGCAUAUUGGAAAGAUGUAAAGAAGUGGAGAAAACAGCUAUAGAACAAGCAACAGAUAACGCAAUCCUUGAUCAGCUGGGAAAGUUGGUUGAAGUUGAUAUUCCACGUGCCUUGUUUCAAGAACAAGGCCAACAACUUUAUGGAGCCAAACUUCUGCAGCUUCAGGCAGAAAGGAAGCUAGAUAAAGACCAGCUAGCAUCCCUAUCGAGCCAGAGGUCAGUUCAGGCGUACCUAGAAGAUGAGGAGGAGAACAUUACUAGAAUCAUUAAACAAAUGCUGGCUGUUGGUGACAUUUUCAAGUCCGAAAAUUUGCAGUACUCAACUGAACAGCUCAUCAAGGAAGUUGAAAACUCUGUGGCAGAGUUUAAACAGUAUAAUCAAGACUAUGAUGAGGACAACAUCAAGCAGCAGGUCCAGGAUGUUCUAGAGGCAGCGAAGGUGCUUGAAUGGCUCAAGGAGAACUGCACGAUCGAGUACGUCAGAAGAUGAGUCUAAUGUUCCAGGGUUCAGAGUUCAGACUAUUGUGAAAGAGAUGGCUGGUGCAGCAGGUGGGCAAAUUUUGCUGAGUUACCUUGGUCCUUGCCAACCAACCCAACCCCAACAAAUUGAAGGGUUUUUUCCCACUCAUGAGAUGAGAUUUGUUUCAUAUAUAGCAUAAGAAGGAAGUAUAUAUUUUGUAAGUAGAAUGCGAGUUCGCUCUAUAUUUAUAUAUUUUGUAAGUAGAAUACGAGUUCGCGCUAUAUUCAUUCUUUACGAGGCUGUAAUCCAACAGAUCAUUGUUACAAAUAAAAUGAAUCAUGAGUUCUACUUCA